CCGUGCGGGCUGCUGGUGGCUCCAGGGCGGGGACGCGAGGGCCUGGGCGCACGGCCCGGAGGUCGCCGCCUCCGCAACGGUGCUGCGCCUCGUAAAGACCCUGUGGACGCCAAGUAGGCAGCACCCUUCUUAGAAGGACGGGUGGCCCCCGCGCGCGUGAGCCGGGCGGGGACCUGAGACUCUUCCCACGACCUUGUGCAAUCGCGAAGGAGCCAAGGGCGCAGAGAGGCCACGCGACCCGUCCCAGGUCACGCAGCUGGCGUGGAGUGUGUCCGGACGCGGAGCGCUGGAGGGGACCGGGCAGCCCGAUGGCUUCUUACCUGUGCCUGUGGCCUGAGGGUCAGGCACGAGGCCGAGCCGGGGCGAGGAGAGGAGACCGGACGGGCCCCGGGGCCUGGGUCGCUCCCGAAGCCGAGCUCCCCGGAGCAACCCGCCCCGACUGGACCCACUAGCCCACUGGGCGCAGAGGCCGCGCGUUGGCAUUCACCGGCCCCCAGCCCCGGGCGGGCACCGAGCCCCCUCCCUCGGAAUCGGUCCAGGGACGCCCGGGUGCCCGGGCCGCCGGCGGUGGCUCUGGAGCUCCUGUCCAGGUGCCGCCUCCUCCAAGCAGCCCUCAGGAGCCCACGCCUAUAGGGGCGCCCGGGCUCCCUCAGCUCGGCCAUGGCCCCCCCGCCGCCGUGCGGACCUCCGAGGUCGCCGCCGCCGCGGCUGCUGCUGCUGCUGCUGCUGCUGCUGCUGAGCGCCGCGCUGCUGGGCGCCCAGGCCCACGCCGAGCCCGCCGCCGGGAGCGCCGUCCCCGCUCAGAGCCGCCCGUGCGUGGACUGCCACGCCUUCGAGUUCAUGCAGCGCGCUCUGCAGGACCUGCGCAAGACGGCCUACAGCCUGGACGCGCGGACGGAGAGCCUCCUGCUGCAGGCCGAGCGCCGGGCCCUGUGUGCCUGCUGGCCGGCCGGGCACUGAGCACCCGCACCAGCACGUGCCCAACCAAUAAAGGCCUGGUCCCCA